AUGUCAUUGGGUGUUGACAAUGGUACUUUCAAAACUGGGUUUCUUGUCCAACUAGAAAAGAUGAUGGCAGAAAGAAUUCCAUCUUCUGGGUUGAAGGCAACACCACAUAUUGAAUCACGAUACAAGCUAUGGAAAAGGCAGUAUGCUGCCAUUUCAGAUAUGUUAAAUCACGACAGUGGCUUUGGGUGGAAUGAUGAAGAUAAAUGCAUAAUUGUAAGCAAUGAUGUGUUUGAGGAGUGGGUGAAGAGCCAUCCAACUGCACAAGGAUUAAGGAACAAACCUUUCCCCCACUAUGACACAUUAGCCAUUGUUUUCGGUAGGGACCGGGCAACUGGAGCUAGAGCGAAGACCCCAGCUGAUGCUGUUGAAAAUCUUAAUUCAGAAAUUCCCAAAAACAACAAUGAAUCAAUGGAUGUUGAUGUUGAUGUUGAUGCUAAUAAAGGAAGUAAUGUUCCAGACAAGGAUGAUGUGGCUGCCUUUGGAGCUUGUGGAACUCGUAGGAGAUCUAGUAGCAACAAAAGAAAAAGAAAUGACGAUGGCAUCUCUGAAAUGGUGGACCAAAUGAAGAAGUUGAGGGAUACGUAUGAGGUUGCUUGCUUCCCGAGGGAUGGAAAAGUUGGCUGCAGCUUUUGA